AUGGCAGACUCAAAGAAGACUAUUCUAUUCUUCGGUGAUCAGACCGAUCCGUGGGUCGAUGGCAUCGACUACAUCAUGAAGCAGGCUGGCCUGGCGCCAUGGCUUCAGGGUUUUAUGAGUGAUCUGUGCAAGAAGGUCAAAUCGGAGCUCAAGGAUUUCGAAAGCGCUAUUACAGAGAGUCUCGGAGACUUUUCGAGCAUCUACGAAUUGGCUGAGAAAUACCGCCACUCAGUCGACGAGACUGGUGUUGCUAAUGCAAUCCUCAUCUAUACAAUGAGAGCAGCAAUGCUCCUCCAAUGCAUCAAGCGUGAACCCAAUCUCUUAGCAAAGUCUGAUGACGGGCCCGAGUGGCUAGGCAUUUCAGGAGGUCUUAUGAGCCUAUCACCAUUAGCAGCUGCCAAGGACUUUGAUACUCUCUAUGCCGGCUGUCUUGAGGCGGCUGGUCUCUUGUGUAGGGUCUGCAGAUUUUGCUACAUUCGGUCAAGAGCCACAGAAGAUUGCUCUGGAACAUGGGGUUGGGCCGUCCUAGGGAUCUCGAACGAGGACCUUCGCUCUGCCCUGGAGCAAUUCCAGACGAACCUGGGUAUUCCAUCUACGAAGAAGGCACAAGUUGGUGUCACUGGAGACCGCUGGGCUAGCAUCAUCGGUCCACCAUCCAUCCUGGAGCAGUUUCUAAAAGAGUGCCCAGCUGUCAGUGGCCUCCCAAGGAACAAGCUUAAUAUAAGAUCCCUUCAACACGCUAUCCCAAUUACCUCAGCUGAUCUCGACUACGUGGUUGGAGAGUCUGCCCUUGUCAAAAGUCAACUCGACUCGCAACACAGAGUCUGGGGUACCGACGAUCCGUCAGCUACGUAUGAGACCUUUGGCGAUUUGCUACGAACCGCGGUUUCGCGAUCUGUGUCUCAGUCUCUUGACAUAGUAGAGGUCGUUGCCGAAAUGAACAAGCAUCUUGGAUCUUGCCAGCAAGUCGACAUUAAAGUCAUCGGCACCAGCAGUCACACUUCCUACCUUGCAACAGCAUUGAAACAGCAGGGAAGAACAAUUAGUGUUCAGCAUGAAAUAGGCGCCAACCAGAGGAAUCAGCGGCAAGAUCAACAAUCUGAUCGUAUAGCCAUCGUUGGCAUGGCUGGAAGAGGCCCUGGUAGUGAUGACCUCGAUGAGUUCUGGAAUGUUCUCAUGACUGGUCAAGAUCUCCAUCAAGAAAUCCCUCAGGAUCGAUUUGACCUCGACGAGUUCUUCGCAGCAGAGCAUAGCCACGAUGGCGUCAAAUGCACGACAGCGGCCAGAUUCGGUUGCUUCAUGAACAAGCCCGGAGAGUUCGAUGCUCGGUUCUUCCGCAUCUCUCCUAGAGAAGCCAUGUUCAUGGAUCCCGGCCAUCGACAAUUCCUCAUGAGUUCAUAUGAGGCUCUUGAGACAGCUGGCUAUUCUGACGGCAAGACCAGGGAUAUUGACCCGAAUAGAAUUGGUGUCUUUUAUGGACAAAGCAACGAUGACUGGAAUGCUAUGGCACAUCAUCUGAAGGGAUGUGAUGCAUAUACCCUGCAGGGAGCACAGAGAGCAUUCGGAGCUGGCCGUCUUGCCUUCCAGAUGAACUGGGAGGGACCAACGUAUUCCUUAGACUCGGCAUGCGCGUCAACCUCAUCUUCCAUUCAUCUAGCCUGCAUGAGUUUACUAUCAGGCGAUAUCGACAUGGCUGUCUCUGGUGCUGCAAAUAUCGUCGGAUAUCCUCAUUCCUGGACGAGUCUCAGCAAAUCUGGUAUCUUGUCCAACACUGGCAAUUGCAAGCCGUUCCGCGAGGACGCUGAUGGCUAUUGUCGAGCUGACUUCGUCGGGAGCGUGGUGCUCAAGAGGCUUGACGACGCCAUCGCCCACAAUGACCAUAUUCUUGCUGUCAUUGGGGGCUCAGGGAGAAACCAUAGCGGGAAUUCUCCGUCCAUCACGACCUCGGAUGCCGGCGCGCAAGAACGGCUUUACCACCAGGUCUUGAGGCGGUCCGGUGUCCUUCCAGACGAGAUAUCUUAUGUCGAGAUGCACGGGACUGGAACCCAGAUUGGUGAUCCCGCUGAGAUAGGCGCGGUGUCCAACGUCUUUCAACGUCGUCGUGGCGACCCUCUGAUAGUCGGAUCUAUCAAGGCCAAUAUCGGCCAUAGCGAAGCCGCUGCUGGAAUGUCGUCCUUGCUCAAGUGUGUCCUGAUGUUCCAAAAUGAUACAAUCCCCCCACAAGCAGGCAUGCCGCAGAAGCUGAACCCAAAGUUCCCUUCGCUUGAAGCCUCCAAGAUGUCGAUCCUCUCCGAGGCGAAGGACUUCAAGCCUGUGGGAAACAACACGAGGCGGGUGAUGCUGAACAAUUUCGAUGCAGCGGGUGGUAACGCUUGUCUGCUUAUCGAGGACUACAGACCUACGCGGUCCAUUGACGAGGGCGUGCAAGUACCGUGGUCGAAUCAUGUCAUUGUCACGUCCGCUAAGACGCAAGCAUCGCUGCGUUCCAACCAACGCAGGCUUCUUCAAUACCUUCAGGCGAAUCCCACCGUCCGUAUUCAAGACGUUGCUUACACAACUACCGCAAGGCGAACGCACCACUCACUCAGAUCUACAUACACCGCAUCAUCGACAUUAGAACUCAUUGACAAAUUGAGGUCAGACAUUGAUGCCCAGAAUGAUGUCACAAAGAUCAAGCCUUCCGCUCCCAAGCAGGUUGUCUUCGUUUUUACCGGUCAGGGCUCGCACUAUGGCGGCAUGGGCAGUGGGCUGUACAAGACAAGUCAUGUCUUCCGAGAAGUGGUUGAUCACUGCGUCAGAAUAUGCGCUGACUAUGGCUUCCCAUCGUUCUUGGACCUCAUCACGGAGCGUGCCACUGACGUAUCCACGAAGCUCUCUGCCCAGACCCAGCUUGCCGUCUUGACUUUGGAGAUUGCCUUGGCUGCUCUGUGGCGUUCAGAAGCUGGCAUUGUGCCGUCCGUUGUUAUGGGCCACUCCCUCGGCGAAUAUACCGCUCUUCACGUUGCUGGCGUCCUCUCUUUGACCGAUGUGCUGUAUCUGGUCGGGAAACGCGCAGAGUUACUCAGUGAAUUAUGCGAGACUGGCGCUUGUGCAAUGUUAGCAGUAGCUGCAUCCUCUGAGGUCACGCAGGACUAUAUUGAUGCCAGAAAAGACGGAUUCUGUUCGAUAUCUUGCUCUAACAGUCCACGCACCACCGUUGUCGGUGGAUUGCAGGAUGAUGUUGAGCAGCUUGCAGCGGACAUGGCAGAAUUCCGUCCAAAGUUGCUACCGGUACCAUACGCCUUUCAUUCCUUCCAAAUGGAUCCCAUUCUGGACCAGUUCGUCACUCUUGCUCGAGGAGUAACGUACUCGCCGCCCAAGAUCCCAGUUGCUUCCACUCUACUUGCGAAGAUCGUUGAUACCUCCGGAACCUUUGAUGCAACCUACAUGGGCCAGCAAACUCGUCAGAGAGUGCAGUUCAAAGACACUGUUGCGGCUGUCAAGGAACAUUUAGGUGAUGUGGUAUGGGUCGAACAUGGCCCAAGCCAAGUCUGCGGUUCCUUUGUACAGGCAACCUUGGGUUCUGCCAUGUCUGCCAGCUCCAUCAUGUCGACGCUCGACAAGAGUGCUGACAAUUGGACGUCUAUCACAAAAUGCCUUGCGAAGCUCUACGAUCAAGGUUUAGGAAUCGACUGGCUCCGACUAUAUCGCCCUUACUCAAGCAGCGUCCAGCUGUUGACGCUCCCGACGUACGCGUGGGACUUGCAAGAUUUCUGGAUCACCUACACCGAGAAGGGCGACGGGGUACGCGGAAGCCUCGCAGCUGAUUCCCAGGUCAGCCCGAAGCAAUUAUCUACCUGUGCGCAGAGCAUUGUUGCAGAGAGGUCGAUGAGCAGUGAGUCCGAGGCUACCUUCAGGGCCCUCAUUGCCGAUCCAGGGAUGGAUGCCCUCAUCGAAGGCCAUCGGAUCCGCGACAUGGCAAUUUGCCCCGGAAGCGUGUUCUGCGAUGCUGCUUCUACUGUCGCCAAGCACGUAUUCGAAGGCAUGGGCAUAACGCGAGAUAUGAAGCAGCCCGCGCUGACGAUCUGCAAUCUCUCACUCCAGCGUCCACUGCGCAAGAAGGCUAAUGGCUCGACUGAAGAACUCAUCACAACUGCGAACGUGAAGAAGCUCUCUAAAGAUCUUGCUACAGUCACCUUCCACUCAUCUGAACAGACUCUGGGCAGCUGUACGGUCUCCAUCUGCGAGGCGGACUCCAUCAAAGCUGGUUGGGAGAAGAUAUCAUUCUUCAUUCAGGCUAGGAUGGACGACGUGAUCAAAAGCGCCAAGGAGGGACGUGGCCACAGGAUCCAGCCCGAUAUAUUCUACGCGCUAUUUUCAAACACAGUCAGGUACUCUCCGUCCUUCAGAUGUGUCAAAGGCGCGUAUGUCUCCGAUGAUUUCCAGGAGGCUGCUGCAGAGAUCGUCCUGGGCUCUGAUCCUAUCGGAACCUGCUUCACCUCGUCACCAUAUCACGGCGAAAGCCUGGUGCACCUGGCGGGUUUUGUGCUUAACGCGAACCCAAGUCGACCGCGUGCCGCUGAUACCACGUUCAUGAUGGACAAUCUUGAGAGCGUUGAGCUACCAGAUUCCGGAGCUCUGGUGCCAGGUAAAUCAUACCUUACUCUCGCCAGAGUCUCACGCAGAACCGAGGACUCUGCAACUUGCGAUGUCUGGGUCUUUGACUCUGACUCGUCGGAGAUGGUGAUGCAAUGUUCGGGUUUGCGGUUUCACGAGGUUAGUAACACCGUUCUGGACCGGCUUUUGGGAAAGACAAGAGUAUCGGUUGCAGCACCUGGCGACUAUCAACUUCCGACGAACACGAAUGUAGCAGCAGUGAAGGCUCCACAACCUUCCGCCAAGAAGCAUGCCUACAGUCGCUCAGACGCCUCAGAGAUGACCAAAGUUGAAGAGGGCUUGGGCUCACAGAAUGAGAUCUUUGCUUCUAUUCUGGAGAGCAUCUCAAGAGAGACAGGCACAGACUCGGCGCAACUCACGGAUGACACUGCUACAGCAGAUGUUGGGGUUGAUUCCAUCAUGGCCAUCGAGAUUACCGCUGCUGUCAAGAAGCAGACCGGCAUCGAUCUUCCGGUGUCAACUCUCAUCGACUAUCCGACGAUCGGUGACCUACGCAAGGCGUUCGGCGAUGCGGUUGGACCUACCGAGACUAGUCACUCAUCGUCAUCCUCACAGGCGUCCACCUCUCCGCCGUCCGUCAGCGAGGAGGAGAUGUCGGAUGAGAGUCUGUCUACCAGCUGCCCGACACCGGAGAUCCCCUCUCACUGGGUAUUGCUUGAUCAGAAAGAAGUUGAAAAGCCAGUCGUUACUUCAAUCUCGAUAUCGAAGAGUGAAUCACUAUUGCCAAUAAAGUCAGAUUCGCCUUCUUUGACGAAGAAGCAGCAAACAAUUUCUCCAACGCCGAAGGCGCGAGUGAUCCUGCUUCACGGCCAUCCGAAACCAGACCAAACGCCACUGUACAUGAUCGCUGACGGAACUGGUACCAUUGCUAGCUACAUUCAUCUACCACCCUUCAACACUAAGACGGCAAUUUAUGGUGUCGAUUCACCUUUCAUUCGCUGCCCAGAGCAGAUGAACGCCGAGGUUGGCAUUGAAGGAGCCGCGAAGUUGAUUGUUGAUGCCGUGAUUGAGUCUCGACCUCAGGGCGCACUGUACAUUGGCGGUUUCUCUGGUGGCGGCAUGCUCGGGUAUGAGGUCUGUCGUCAAUUAGGCGACCUCGGUCGUCAAGUCGAUGGCCUACUGAUCAUCGACAUUUGCUCACCACGCACCAAGACCGAAACGAGUCUUGUCAAAGUCCAGCCUGAGGCAGGCUGGCAAAUGUUCCAAAAGAUGGCCGCACAGGACGCGUUCUGGAAUUCGACGGCCGAAUCUGCGCCAAUGCAGCACCUGCUGGGGAUUUUCAAAGCAGUGGCAACCUACCACCCGGAGCCUAUGACUUCCCACCAACGCCCCAAAAAGACUAGCAUUAUUUGGGCAGAGAAGGGUAUGGGCGGUCGCUGCGAGGGCAAGCCUGAACUGAAGCGCGAGAUGGUGGGCAUGGGAUUUCCAGCAGAAGCCUAUCCUGGGUUCAUGGAGGAUCCAGCUUUAGGGGCCCUUGCCUGGGGCUUCCCUGACAAGCGCGGCUCUGAGGGCGCCUUGGGUCCUAAUGGUUGGGACAAAUACGUGGGAGAGGUUGGACAAUGCUUGUCUGUUGAUGCAGACCAUCUUGAGAUGCCGAUGCCGGGACAUGUGCACCUCAUGAGGGAGAAGAUUGAAGAGGCUCUCGCCUACUUUCAGGAAAUCAACUAG